CCAUCUUGUUCGGCAAUACCCCCCAACCAAAUCCUUUUUUCCCACCAACCCAUCAGCUGCCGCAUAGGACGAGUUCUAAGGUUCUUCCUCUAAUUGAGGGAGAGUCGAGGAGACCUCGUCAGAUCACUUCGGGAUCAGGAAGCUACCGUUUUCGACCCCCCUAACAUCCACUUGGAGGACUCCGUUCCUAGUUUCUUGACUCUUAAAUAUAAUAUUAUAUUAUAUAUCCACUUGUUGGAUAGUAUUUUAAAGCUACAAGAACUCCCCGUGAGAUCUCAUACCUACCGGACUUCCACAAAACUCAUCGUCACUCCCCAACGAUCGGCAUUUUUCACCGCCAAAUUAGAGGGAUAUGGUUAUGGCAACAGCCGCUGUCGACCGCAUUGCACCGUACCAAUUUGAUAAUCACAUUCUGAAGAAGAGUUUUUUCUUCGAUCAACACCAUCAAAGCAAUGGCGCCAUAAUUGCUAAACAGUUGAUUGGCGAUGCUCUUCGCCAGCGUGUUGAGAAUAUUGACCAUGAAUCUUGUGAACCAGGAGAUGAGGACACAUUUUUCGUGGGCGAUCUUGGCGAGGUCUACCGCCAGCAUAUGAGAUGGAAGAAGAAUCUUCCACGAGUGAAGCCAUUCUACGCGGUCAAGUGUAACCCGGACCCCAAGGUUAUUCAGCUACUUGCUGGAUUAGGGACCGGCUUCGAUUGUGCUUCCAAAUCCGAGAUUGAACAAGUCCUGAAUAUGGGCAUCGACCCAGCUCGCAUCAUCUAUGCUCAGCCAUGCAAGACGAAUUCUUACGUACGCUACGUCGCCAAUCGUGGUGUUAAGCAGAUGACUUUCGACAAUGCUGAUGAGCUGCGCAAAAUUGCCAAGCUCUUCCCUGAUGCCGAGUUGUUCUUGCGCAUUUUGACCGACGACUCUUCAAGCCUCUGUCGGUUGAGCUUGAAGUUCGGUGCAUCGCUUGAUUCCACUGACGAGCUUUUGGCACUUGCCAAAGAGCUUGGGUUGAACGUUGUUGGCGUGAGCUUUCAUGUAGGCUCGGGGGCGUCUGACCCAUUGGCCUUCCUUAAGGCUGUUCGUGAUGCGGAUACCGUAUUCAAGCAAGCCUACGCCCACGGCUUUGACUUGCACACACUCGAUGUUGGUGGUGGGUUUAGUGGGGAUACCUUCGAGGACAUGGCCUGCGUUCUCCGCGAUGCCCUGGACGAGUAUUUCCCACCUCACGUCAAUAUCAUCGCAGAGCCUGGCCGCUACUAUGUUUCCUCAGCAUUUACCCUUGCUUGCAAUGUCAUAGCUCGCCGCACCAUUGAUAAUCCGAUCACUGGUAAAGCCAGCUACAUGGCCUAUAUCAACGAUGGGCUAUACGGGAACUUCAGUAGCAUCAUGUUCGAUCACCAAAACCCGAUUGCCAAGGUUUUGCGAGCAGGCAACCGAACGUACUACAAUACCAUCCUCGCUGAGAGCCUUCCCGAAGGUGUCAGUGCUGGUAUCGAGUACUCAAUCUGGGGACCCACCUGCGAUGGCAUUGACCGCAUUACUGAGAGCAUCCAUUUCCCGCACGAACUAAAUGUGGGUGACUGGCUGUAUUUCGAAGAUAUGGGUGCUUACACCAAGUGCUCCGCUACCAAAUUCAACGGCUUUAACGACAGCCACGACGUCAUUUAUGUUUGCAGCGAACCCGGCGCCAGGGCUCUCAUGGAGCUCUAGAUUCACAUCUUAAUAGUCACGAGGGCUCUCUCCAGUUGAGCAAGGGAGUAAAGAGUUACAAAAAUU